GACUUCUAUCCUCCUUCAUUCCGUGACUACUGCACAGAAGCAGCUCUAUCGAUAUCCCAGCAUUCCUCUCUUUACAGCUCACGAAUCUAGACUUCCUCUGCCUCGCUCCUUCUGUAUACCGAGUCACAUGGUGUAGUCACAGUGCCUGUGUCCCAGCUCCGGUCACGUGCUGCCAGUGUUGUGUGGGUGGAGUCUGGCGGCCCGGAAGCGAUCCGUACGGAGGUUUUGGCGCGGAAGUCUGACAGAGAAGGCGAGGAGCAACUAAAAAAAAUGCAGGCGUUUCUAAAAGGAGGUACAUCUAUAAGCACCAAGCCCCUCAAAGAGAAAACUUCUGCAACCAGUUCUGGAAAUACCAGCGAUGGGAAGAAACCUAAACCUGUCCCAUGGGUGGAAAAAUACCGACCCAAAUGUGUGGAUGACGUUGCCUACCAAGAAGAAGUUGUGGCUGUCCUCAAAAAGUCGCUUCAAGGAGCAGAUCUGCCUAAUCUUCUAUUCUAUGGGCCACCCGGAACUGGAAAAACAUCCACAAUUUUGGCAGCGGCCAGGGAGUUAUAUGGGCCUGAAUUGUUUCGGCAGCGUGUGCUCGAGUUAAAUGCUUCUGAUGAAAGAGGAAUACAAGUAGUUCGGGAGAAAGUGAAAAAUUUCUCUCAGCUCACAGUUGGUGGCAGCCGUUCCGAUGGGAAGCCUUGCCCCCCAUUUAAGAUUGUUAUUCUGGAUGAAGCGGACUCGAUGACAUCAGCAGCACAGGCUGCGCUGCGACGCACCAUGGAGAAAGAGUCUAAAACAACUCGAUUCUGCCUCAUUUGCAAUUAUGUCAGCAGAAUAAUUGAGCCUUUAACCUCUCGAUGCUCCAAGUUUCGUUUUAAACCACUUGCUGAUAAAAUACAAACAAAAAGAAUUCUGGAUAUCUGCACAAAAGAAAAUGUGCUUAUUACAAAUGAGGCAGUAUCCCGUCUGGUUGAAGUAUCAGAAGGUGACUUGAGAAAAGCCAUCACUUUUCUGCAAAGUGCUACAAGGCUUACUGCAGGAAAAGAAAUUACAGAUGUUGUGAUAACAGAAAUUGCAGGGGUGAUCUCUAAAGAGACACUUGAUUCAGUGCUGGCUGCUUGUCAGAGUGGAUUAUUUGAGAAACUAGAAACUGUGGUUUUGAAUCUGAUAAAUAAUGGCCACGCAGCAACACAGCUUGUAAACCAACUCCAUGAUCUCAUCCUUGAACGAGAGGACCUCACCGAUAAACAGAAAGCGGCUAUUGCAGAGAAACUUGGUGAAGUUGACAAAUGUUUGGUGGAUGGAGCAGAUGAAUACCUGCAAAUGCUCAGUCUUUUUGCAGUUGUUAUGCAACAGAUGACCCAAAACAACUAAUAUAGCUAUAUCCCAAUGGAUGAGUCUGUCUUAAUUUGUUGUAUACACUUUGUGUAAAUGCUUGCAUCUUUUAAAAAAAGAUGAAAUAUAUAUGUAUAUAUUUUUUGUAAAGAAUGUUAUUGUUUUGGCAGCAAUAGAUUGUCAUGUAGUAUUGUAGAACUCAUUUGACUAGGCAAGUAACAAAGGGCACACCAAUAAAGCAGCAAUAUUUGAUUAUCAGGAGGUGAUGUCUUAAACAUUGAUGAGCAUUUUUUGUAUACACUUAUGAAAAUUUCCCAGUCAGUGUGUAUUAAAAAUGGAAAGUUUAAAGACGAGCUUGGCCGUUGCAAAGAGAAUUAUGGGGGCUUUAAUUGCUGACUUUCUUCUGAAAAUAAUAGUUGCUUGGCUUUCCUAAUUAAAUGACGUCAGUGAUUUUACCUUAAAACAAGUAUUCAGAGUUCUGAUGUCAGUUGUUGCAUGCUUCUUCCAACUUACUGAUUCAGACAGUAUUUAACCCAUAAAUGCCAGGUAACUAGCAUUUUUUUGAAUUUCAGUAAUGGCCGCACCAAUUUUCCAACUAGCACCUGUAUCCCUGGGCACCAUAUCCUGUAUCUCUUGAACCAUUUAAACCUAAUUUCGGUUUCAUGAGCAAGCUUUAUGGGAAAAAUCAUGCAGACAUAUUCAGUAAGGCAGAUUCAGAGCAAUGCUGAAGGACACAGUGUAGUAAUGAACAGCAAUUUGAUUUACAUUGAUUGAAGUCAAGUGACUGAAAGGUUAACUGAAUAGUUGCCAUAGUUUACUGCAGUUUGCUCCAUUAAAUGAACCUGUGUCCACAUCAUGCAGAUGUAAGUUGUUACAUACACCUUUAAAAAAAAAAAAAAAACAAGCAGUAAAAGUACAUAAAACCAAGUUCUAAUUCAUCUCUGUAUAUAUUAGUUCUGUGGAGAAAUACAUUUUCGAUUUCAAUACAA